CAAACAGGAAGAAAACAUCCAGCUGUUAUCAAAGCACGGAGAGCUCCGGUUAGCGUAGCACCCCUGUGUGGCAGUGGCUCCGUAAUGAAACGGCUUUGAGAGUCGGGAGUGAACUGGUGCUUUAUCAUGCUGUGUCCGUAGUAGUGACUGUACCGAGUGAUACCCACGGAACUUAAUUCUGUUCUCUUUCCUCCGGGCCGAGCGUAGAAACAAGGUGUGAAUGAGUGACGUGGUGCCUCCCACAGCCCUCAGUGAAGUCCAGCUCCGCUUCCUCUGCCACGAUGACAUAGAUAGCGUUAAGCUGCUCUGUGGUGAUUGGUUCCCAAUCGAGUACCCAGACUCAUGGUAUCAAGACAUCACCUCCAACAAGAAGUUCUUCUCCCUCGCUGCCACCUACAGAGGAGGCAUCGUGGGAAUGAUUGUGGCCGAGAUCAAAGGUCGGACCAAAGUACACAAAGAGGAUGGAGACAUCCUGGCCUCCAGUUUCCCCGUGGACACACAGGUAGCCUACAUCCUCAGCCUGGGAGUGGUCAAAGAGUUCAGGAAACAUGGCAUAGGCUCCUUGCUGCUGGACAGUUUGAAGGAGCACAUAUCAACGACAGCCCAGGACCACUGUAAGGCAAUCUACCUACACGUCCUCACUACUAACAACACUGCCAUCAACUUCUAUGAGAACAGGGACUUCAGGCAGCACCACUACCUACCCUACUACUACUCCAUACGAGGCGUCCUCAAAGACGGAUUCACAUAUGUGCUCUACAUCAAUGGGGGUCAUCCACCCUGGACGAUAUUUGAUUAUAUCCAGCACAUCGGUUCAGCCUUGGCCAGCUUGAGCCCCUGCUCCAUCCCUCAGAGGCUUUACCGACAGGCCCAGUCCCUGCUGCGCUCUCUGCUCCCCUGGUCCAACAUCGCUUCCAAGACUGGCAUACAGUACAGCAGAACAAUGUGACCCAGCAUGGAGCACAAAUGUUCCCGUCAGUCUUCCCCUGUACACAGCGAGAUGUACACGCACACUCACAUUCUCAGUCUCGUACGGCUUUCCACGCCCUGUAUAAUACACAGGACCUCAGGUUCAACCUGCAUUUGACCGUUCACAUGCCA